AUGCACAAUGGAACCUUCUGCAAGCCCGGCCUCCUUCGAGCACUUUGUGAAGCAGUCAUGCUGGCAGCCGUGGAGGGCCCGCGCAAGGAGGAGGCAAUCCAAGCCAUCAUGAACCUGGAGGAGCCCCAGCAGCUGGCACUGGGCGCCGCACUCCAACGUCUGGUGGCAGACGCGCCAGAGCAAGCAGAUCGGAAAGGCUCUCUGUCCAGACAGGGCACAGACGCGUCUCUGACUGAUUCUGGACCUCCAACGCCCAGAGCCGAUCAGUCAGUGUACAAGUCUGAAGCCGACAUUUUACAAGAUGAGUUGCAGGAAAUGAGGGACCGCCUCAACUCGGAGGAGAUGGCUUUGAGUGGAAUGGAGAGCAGCCAGAAGUCCUUGGAAGCACAACUUCGCACUGUGAUCGUGGACCACACAGCAGAGGAGGAACAGGCUGCUGAGGCAGAUGCGCUGCUCCAGAAAUGGCAGCGGAGCCAUGGAGAGGACCUCCGCCAGUUCAAGGCAGAAUGCGAUGCUUUGCGCUCGGACCUCGAUCGCGAGACGGAGAACUGGCAGGACCUUCCACUGCGUCAGUCAAGGUUGCAGAAGCAGCUAAAGACAGAAGUGGAUGCCGUGCGCGACUUGCAGGACAAGAACGGCAAUCUCGAAGUCGAAAUCCAGCAGGCAGCGCAAUCAAGCGCAAACGACGAUGUCUCCACGGUCAAAGCAGAAAUGAUGACGUCACAGAUGCAGCAGAACGUCGUGGAUCGCCUGCUGCGCAAAGCAGAGAAUGAGGAGAAAGAGGAGAUUCGCCUUGCCAAAUCUCUUUGGGAAGCCUUCCACGUCGCAGAGGUUACUGCGCAGGCCAAGGAAGAUUCCUUUCGGCAGCUACGCAGAGUCGCUGAGAAGGAGGAGGAAAGCGAGGUGGAUGUCGUGGGCUUGCUUGAGUUCCGGGAGAGCGAGAUGCGACAGCUGGAACAGGCAAUUGCCGAGAUGGCAUCUUGGCGCACAGAGCGACACCAGAUGCAGAAGACAGUGAAAGGCGAGGCCCCUUGCCAACUAGUGAAGACGAGCGCAGAGGAUCAAUGUGACGAUGCCGGCCUCUUGCAGUCUAAAGCAGCUGCAAGCGACGAGAAGCUCGACCUUGGCGAUUCCUGGCCGUUCUUUUCACGCAGCAGAGGCGAGCCAGGCACGGUGGAUGGACUUUACACCUUCGGAGCGCCGGGGUCAGCUUCCCCAGGAUUUGUUUUGACAUCCGCCGACGGAGGCUGUUUUCCAGGAGCACGGGUUGUCACCCUGCGGACAAGAGGCGAAUCGCAGCAAACAGAUCCCAUUACAUGGGUAGCUUCCAGGGUCAGCCUUUGGCAUCCUCGCAUGGAUCUCUACCUUUUGGACGUCGAUGACCCAUCCAAAGACCGCUACUACCCCUGCACUCUGAGCAAUGUUCAGCAUUGGCCUAAUUCGACCUGGCUGGUUCGAGGAGACUGGUCGCUGCACAGUGGGACGUACUUUGACCAAGUGGCUGCAGGAAGUUCCAACACGUUCGUGAAGCGAUUGAGCAGCUGGGCACUGGAUCUGUCGUACACCCGGGAUGCAGCGAAAGGCGCUGAGCUUGCGCGACAAGGAGGCUUUCGUGUGGUCGGUGCAGCGAGGUAUCAACCAGGAGACUCCCGACUAAUUGUGGACUCGCCCUUGUGGCCCAAUUGGUGGCAAUUCGGUGAGCAGGUUUCCUACCUCGUCCAGCAUCCGCAAUCCUUGGAGUGCGUUGUUACGUUUCAAGGCACCUAUGAUACUGUUGACUGGUCUCAAAAUGCAAGGGGUGUCACCAGAGCAUUCUGUGGUCUGACCUUGCCAGACGAUCGAUGCUGUCCGUGGCCGCUACCUACAUGCAGAGGGGACUGCCGUGUGCAGCGCGAGGGUGAUUCUUUCGUGCAUUCCGGCUUUUGGGCCGAGCUCUACCGGAUGACACAAGUCCCAUCAUGGCAGCAAAACAUCCGCCCGCGUCUUCCAUACUGCAAAGGGGUUUCUGUAUUUGGCCACUCACUGGGUGGUGCUAUGGCGUCCCUUUUUGCCGCAUGCAUUGGAAGGGCGCCCAAGAACGGCACCUUUGGAUUUGAGGACUACGCAAGAAUUGCAUGGACCAAGGAGAGGCCAAAGAGACUUCCGGAGAACGCUACGUUCGAGACGGCGGAGCAGCCUCAAUCUUUGGUCACAGCGGCUUGA